AUGGGCGAAGAGUUCGUAGGCAGAAAGCAGCUGCCCCCUGAGAUAGUGUACGAGAUACUCUCGUACCAGUUCCGGGACUUAAUGUCCAACGACCACCCGCCCAGCAGCGAAAAGUAUCAUAACAACCUUCGCAUGUUUCUGCGCAGCAAUUCAACCGUGAAUAAGACAUUCAACCACGUCUGCCGAGUUCUUACAUACCGCUAUCUCAACUUCACUACGGCCCGGUGUUUCAACAAGAUACUAGAGGUGUUGAAACAUGACAAGACCGGCCUCAGUGGGCUUGUACAGGUCGCAGAUUUCCAGGAGCUCACAUCUAUCGGGCUAGGACGUACCGGUGAGAUGAACAGGAUCAUUAAAAACUUGACGAAUGAGACACUCUUUGAAUUCCUGCAGCUGACAACUCAUUCGCUGCGUGAGUUUUUGGCCAGCGAACACAUACAGGGCGACUUGGACGAGCAAGUCAUCUACCACUUGGUGCGACCCGGAUCGUUGUUUAAUGUGUUGGAUUUUUGCGGUUGUUCAGGACCAUCGUUCACCGAAACUUUUGUUAGGGUUAUUGACAGACUAUAUGAUGCUGACUCCGACGAACCACGGGAGCAAAAUUACCAAUUGACGUCUGUUGGGCUCAAUGACUGCACAGAUCUGCCUGCAUUGACACUUGGCAGGUUCCUAAAGACUCAACCAGAGCUCCAGAAGCUUGAUCUGUCGCACACGUCCAUCGAUGACCACACCUUGCUUCAUAGCUUACCUCACUGGAAGAACUUAACACAUCUUUCACUCGCAUGCUGCUCACAGCUAACUCCGCGAGCAAUUCUGGAAUUCUUUAGCUAUCAUCCCGCUAUUACUGAUGAAAAUAAUACUACGUUGCAAUGGCUAAAUCUCAAGGCUCAUAAGCAUACCUCUUCAUGGACGGAGACGCAGACGAUGUUUUUGUUAAAGAAGCUUUGUCGAUAUGGCCACAAUAAUACCCUGCAAUAUCUAAAUAUAGAUGGGCUGCCAUUACAUUAUUCUGAAGAUAACAAGAUAACGAAAACGCCAUAUUACUAUCAGUGCCAAGAUACACUGAAGUUUAUAAAGUGGAACUUCCCGAAGCUCAAGUCACUAAGUAUUAGAAAAUCCAGUGUGCCAAUCCCAAGUUUGGUGAAAUUACUUUCUUCGUUCGAUAGCUAUGAGGAGGAGAAUGUCGAAGACAUGUCGCCGAGCUCACCCAGAUCACCCCUCUUAGAGGGGGCCCUCCCUGUUCCGUCGCAGCAGUUAAAGUUUUUGGAUGUUGCCGGCAACUCAUAUAUUAAUAAAUGGACCAUUAAUGAUCCCGCAUUAUUUACAUGUUCUGACUCGCUAGUGGCGUUGGAGGUUUCUUUCGAGUGUUGGCAGCAGAUUGAAAGCAGAGCGAAUUCUGAAGUGAUAUUCAUGCGGCCAAAAAGUCCCAAUAACAGCAGGAGUUCUAUCAUCCAAGAUUACUCAAGAGUUGAAGAAGUUAAGUGGAAGUGUUACAUAGAUGCUUCCUACGGUAGGCGCUACUGGCUGUUCCGGACGGAUGAUUAUCUUAACGGUGAUGAUUUAGAUGCCCGAGGAUCUGUUACGAGGUACGAUGAAGAAGGAAAUAGGGUAAUAGAUAUUACCAAACAGCCGGAUUUCCUGAAGUUUGCGCAAAACAAAAUAAUGCUUGGCUGCGGCAUAGUCUCACUCAACAGUGUGCGGCGCCACAACACCUACCGCGAUACAAAACCGCCGAUAUCACGUUUCUUCCAGAAAGACGGUAAGCUUACGAUGGGCGGCAGCAGAACGCUGCCCAUCAGAAGCCCGCGGCUUCCACCUGGCGCCUGGAGACACGUGAACAAUGAAACCAUCAUGAGUACAGACGCGGAGUUAGACGAUAUCCCAGAUAGCGCGGCUUCCAAUAACUAUCAGCUUUCGCCUGGUGGCGUUGAGCUCAAUUUUGGCCACCAAGAGCCCCUAAGGAGAAGCGGGACCAGAGACGGUCUUUACUGGGACCGAUCCGUCACCGACCUCCACUUACUGGGUGCCACCGAACCUGCUAUUACGGGCAGGCCCGACAGUCUCAUGACCAUUGGCAGCAAUCACGCCAGCGCGGCCGCCGAUGAGUAUGAUACUAGCUAUGACUACCUCAACAACCCCGAGUUACAGAGGAGACGCUCCCAAUUUAGUCUUUUCCGCCGCCGCCCCAGCAGCAUCCCGAAUGAGAGCGUAAUCCCCAGGCCUUCGUUGUUAACUAAGACAUUUAAAAAUCAUGCUCUGAUGGCAAGAGGCCUGCCCCCACAGUACUAUAAUAUGUAUCCCUACCGGGACCUCCUCCGCGACAGCUGCAUUUACUAUUCUCCAUCUGCAGAGACAAACGAAAGAUACCGGAAACACCUGGAAAUGGUGCAGGAAUACGAAGUAUUCGGUUGCCUUGAGAGGGGCAUGUACAGAUACUAUAGCUUGAGGACUUAG